UUGAACUGCGUUGUCAACAGUCUAACUGGUGACAAGCCCGUUGAGUUUUCCAUUUUCGCCAAUUCUGUUCUUGUCGCCUUCAUCGUAAUCCACGCCACCACCUGCCCUAUCACCAUUUUGUUGAAUCUGUUGGUGAUGAUCGCUGUGAAGACCAAAGCACGACUGCAGAGAAAGUCUAACAUUGCAUUAGCCUGCCUAGCCUCGACUGACUUGAUGGUCGGAUUAGUGGCUCAGCCUCUCCUUAUUGCCGUGAUGGCGAACCUCUUAAAAGGGGACACCACAACCGGUGUAUGCUCUCUACAGAUUGCCGUUAAAUUUUUCGCUAACUUUUUUUGCUUCGCUUCCUUUAUUCACCUGUUCUUAAUAACUAUGGAUCGAUGCAUUGCUAUCACGUACCCCUUUAUCUACAUUCAAACCGUCACCAAGGCCCGUGUACUGAUUGGCUCAGCUCUUGCAUGGACACUGACUGUAAUCAUUCACAUCGUGUUCUUCAUCGACGAUGGAUUAUUUGAAUCUAUCAUCAGUGUCCUCGGAACUGCGCUUAUUGUGAUCAUCCUUAUUUGUAAUGCGAUAGUCUAUAGUGAGGCUCGACGACAUGAAAAACAAAUAGCCUCUCAGCAAGUCGAUGCUGCAACAAGAGAAAACUUUUUAUCUCAAAAGCGAGCCUUUAAAUUAACAUUGACGAUUAUUGCACUUGUAAUUAUAAGUUACCUGCCCACGGUUAGUUUUAGAAAGCUGAGGGAGCCUUUGAAAGACAUCGUAAACUUGGAUAAAUUAUGGGCCAUCCAUGUGGCUGUGAGUACUUUAGUGAUCUUGAAUUCUCUUGUUAAUCCUUUGGUUUAUUAUUUAAGGGUGAGAGAGUUUCGAGUAGCAUUGAUCGAAUUACUGAUGAGGAAAAACCAUAAUGAAGCUGAAGAAUUUGAAGAGAAGAUUUUUUGGAUCAAACUACGUGGUCAACCUUGA